CCACCAGCCGCUCCUUGGAAAUCCUAGGGGGCAGUUCUACUCUGUCGUAUAGGGUCGCUGUGAGUCAGAAUUGACUCAGCGGCAGUGGGUUGGUUUGUUUCUUUUGGUUUGGGGAUAGGGUGAGAUAUGUAUAACUUUUGUGUUAAGGAAUUGUGAUAUCAAAAACAAUCUUUUUUAACAGGAAGAAAGAGCAGUGAAGUAAAGAAGAAAUCAAGGCACAGUGAGCAGAAUGAGCACCUCACAGGACCAGAGUGGCUGCUCCACUAAUCAAGAGCCCCUUUCAAGGUGUUGUGAUGCACGAAGGGACUUGGAGCUUGCUAUUGGUGGAGUUCUCCGGGCUGAACAGCAAAUCAAAGAUAACCUCCGAGAGGUCAAAGCUCAGAUUCACAGCUGCAUAAGCCGUCACCUGGAAUGCCUUCGAAGCCGUGAGGUGUGGCUGUAUGAACAGGUCGACCUCAUCUCUCAGCUUAAAGAGGAGACACUACAACAGCAAGCCCAGCAGCUCUACUGGUUAUUGGGCCAGUUCAAUUGUCUCAUUCAUCAACUGGAGUGCUCCCAAAACAAAGAUCUAGCCAAUCAAGUUUCUGUGUGCCUGGAGAGACUGGGCAGUUUGACUCUCAAACCAGAAGAGUCCACCGUCCUGCUCUUUGAAGCAGACACAGCUGCGCUUCGCCAGACCAUGACCACGUUUGGGUCCCUCAAGACCAUGCAAAUUCCUGAGCACCUGGUGGCUCAUACUAAUUCAUCAAGUACUGGACCCUUCUUGGAGAAGAGGGGUUAUAUCCCAGUGCCAGAGCAGCAGAAGUCAUCAUCCGGCACCACAGCUGUCCCUCUCAGUGAAUGGCUUCUUGGAAGCAAACCUGCCCAGGGUCAUCAGGCUCCGUACGUACCCAGCACCAACCCCCAGGACUGGCUCACCCAAAAGCAGGCCUUGGAUAAUAGUCAGACUUCUCCCAGAGCCUACAAUUUCUUCAGUAAUGUCUGGGGCAACCGAAAAGGCUUGGAAAACUGGCUUCUCAAGAGUCAGCAACAGGAAGUUCCUGAAAAACCAAGUUACCAAAAGUCUAACAGCUGUUUUUCUACCAGUUCUUUCUCCAUUGAAGAUAAAAAGGUUGGAGAUCUGGAGAUUCUUGGUCAAGAUGAGGUGGACCUUUCCCAUUGGCUGGUGACUCCCCAGAAACCCCAUAAGCUGGAGAAGCCUGAGAAUGGCAGCUGUGAAACCAGUGAGAAGUUCAAGCUCUUGUUCCAGGUUUUCCAGGAGCCCUAUCAUGUGAGCGAUUGGCUUGUCAAGCCCGAUUCCUGUACUAGUUGUCAAGGCAACCAGCCCAAAGGUGUAGAGAUUGAAAACCUGAGCAAUCUGAAGUGCCUGAAUGACCACCUGGAGGCUAAGAAACCAUCGUCUGCCCCCAGCAUGGUUCCCGUGGAUUGGCUUGUCCAGAACCUUCAAGAACCGUAUAAAGUAGAGGAGGUCUGCAGAGCCAACGAGCCCUGCACAAGCUUCUCAGAAUGUGUGUGUGAUGAAAAUUGUGAGAAGGAAGCUCUGUGCACGUGGCUUCUGAAGAAAGGAGGAAAAGAUAAAAAUGGGAUGCCUGUGGAUCCAAAACCUGAGCUUGAGAAGCUUAAGGAUUCUCUGAGUAUGUGGCUCUGUCCUUCCAGAAGAGAGACCGCAGAGCAAGCUAAGGCAUCACAGGCUAUGGCUCCUUCUAGAAUUGCUGAUUCCUUUCAAGUCAUACGCAACAGCCCCUUGUCAGGGUGGCUCAUCAGACCAUCUUGCAAAGAAGGAAGUCCCAAGGAAGUGCCUAUUACUGAGGACAAAGCUGACAAACAAAAGCUUGUGAGCCCCAUGGCCACUUCCUGGUGUCCCUUUAACACAGCUGACUGGGUCUUGCCAAGAAAGAACACAGGAAAGCUCAGCCAGGUAUCCUCAGGAAAAGACAAGUGGUUACUUCGGAAAAAGGCCCGGGAAGUAUUACUUAAUUCACCCCUACAGGAGGAAGGUAACUUUUCCGCAGACUGUUACGGCCUUCCAGCAGUUUGUGAUCUCUUUGCCUGUAUGCAGCUUAAAGUUGAUAAAGAAAAGUGGUUGUAUCGAACUCCUCUACAGAUGUGAAGGAGUGGAAUACUAGAGUUGAGCACCGUCUCUGCAGAUAAUCGCCUGUCCAAGAGCCGAGUGACCGCGCCUUGCCAAAUCGUUUCCGAAUCUGCCCAGUCAGCUUAGUUCCCUUCCUGCCUCACUUUGAACCAGUGAAGAGAAACAAGUCAUCAAAUUAUAAGUUACUGUGUAAAAAAUGAUGACAGUUUGUUAAAUUGAUGCUGAGGAGAUUCAGUUCCUUCUUACAGAAGUAUGACUUAAUUCAUUAGAGACAGCAUCUUGGUGGAUAGGUCUUUUUCAUAAGCCUCCACAGCUCCUUAGAUUGAAUUGUUACUAGAAGUACAUUAAAGCACUGUAGUUUUAAAAAUGAAUUAUUUCUGUACUCACAGUGUGUUGAUGUGUUAUAAAGGUAGUAAACUUUCCUAGCCUUUUGAUUGCCCUUUAGAAGCUCCCUUGCUGUGGGUUUUCUUCCAUUAGUGUUCUGAAAUAAUUGUUUAAUUAAUAUAACUAUUUCCCACAUGAAUAAUUUACCUUGCCAACAGUGAUUUCUUUUCUUACCAAAAUGUGUAUUAAUAAUCUUGGCAAUUUAUGACAAUUACAAAGCAUAUUGAGCUUACAUAUUAGUUCUGUAUUCUUUUGAAAGAAAUUUAACUUUUGCAAAUUCUUUGUUGAUCUCUUAAUGUUAUUAAAGUAUCUGAUGAGCUGUUUUAGAAGGGCGCUGUAGUGUUUCAAGACCACAUUCAGUGUAGUUAGUCCUAGCGUCUUUCCAAAUAUCCUGCAGGCCAAAGAGCCCCAGUGCUGACUAAUCAAAGAGCAAAAGGCAAAGACGUGUUGAAAAUACUGUGCUUGAACUAUUUACUCUCCUGGGGGUUAUGGGUGCAGCGUGUGUAAAUACAUGGAAGCUGAGCGUGACACGUGGUGCUCUUACUUAGGGAUAAAUUAGAUGUCUUCACACUGUACACACCUACACCUUUACAAGUAUAAAGAAGUGACAUUUUAGGGAACAGGCCGUUUUGAACACUUGUGCCUUGGGGUGUUUGCUGACACUAUAAAAACUAUUGAUGUUUUCCUCAUCAUCCUUAAAGUCAUGUCCGUGCUUUAAAAAGUUUCUCUGUAGGAGAGAAAUGGGAUUUAUAAUGUUUUCAAAUUCUCUAAAAUGAGAUAUCUUAAGUCUCUUCCCAGGGUUUUGAACUACUAAACCACUUAACUGCCUGUGUAUUAUUGGAAGUAUUUUACUGAAGUUCGUGAUGUGGUCAACUCAGAGGCCCUUUAGGGGAAACUUCACAGUCCCACAGCUUCCCUAGAAUUCUUUGGACUACAGCUGAAAAGAGCCUCAUGUGUCUCCAGAUACCAUUUAGUCCCCCCAGAUACCAUUUAGAACUAGAAUUACAAAGGCGUGGGGUAAAAACAAUUUAAGGAGUGUUGUUUCCCAGAUCUUAGGUUGCAGGAAACUGCUUUGUAGAGUUUUCUUUUUUUGAGGUGUAACAAAACUUCGUAUUCCUAAAUUUACAUCAAUUACUAUGCUAACAUCAUGUAAAACAUUUUUUUGCACUGAUGCAUUUUAUACCUCUUCAUUAAAACCGUAACAGCCAUA